GAGAGAGAGAGAGAGAGAGAGAGAGAGAGAGAGAGAGAGAGCACAGAAGCGCGAGCUGCUCUCCAUGUCUUCAGUCUAGCGGAGCGGGCGAUGGAUGUGAGAUUUUACCCUGCACCUCCUUCAAGCGUGGGCUCCUGUACAUUACCCACCGACAGCAGCCUCUCCUCUCUGGACUAUUACCACUGCAACAAGAGCAGAUACGGUGUAGGAGAUCGAGGUGUUAGGCUGUACAGCGCUUUACCCCUGAGGCAUAACCCUGAGGAGAAAAGACUGCCCUCUUCAGGGUUUGAUGGUGACAACAUGUACAUGAGUGAGAACAACCAAGAGUUCCUCUCCCCGAGUCAGAAUUACUCCGGACAGGGAGGGGGCAGCGGGAACGGCGGAGGAGGAGGAGACGAGGACUACGAGAUCCCCCCUAUAACCCCUCCGAAUCACCCCGAGCCAUCACUGCUUCACCUGAUGGACCCCGAGUCCAGCUACCUGUGUCACUCCAUCCCUCACAACGGCCUGAUCAAUCCAUACUCGUACCCCGAGCUGCCCGCCCUCAUGAUGUCCAACAUGCUCGCCCAGGACGGACACCUGCUGUCCAGCCAGAUGCCCUCGAUGCAGAUGUUUGCGGGGCAAGCGGGCAGUCAUUACCCCCGUGCCCACCACAGCCCCAUGCUAAACCCAUCUGCCCGGAUACUGCCCCACCCCAUGAGCGCCCUGUCCCAGCUCAGCUCUCAGAUUGGCCAAGGCUCCUUUACGCACGGUUCCCCGUCAUCUUCAGGAAGUCAGUCAGCCACGCCCUCCCCCUCAAGCUCCGCCCAGGAAGAGGAAGCAAAGUACCACUCAAAGAUCACAGGAGAGAAGCGACCCUCCUCUGAUAUGAUGAAGCCCAAGCCCAAACCUCAGAAGAAGAAGAAGAAGAAGGACCCCAACGAGCCGCAGAAGCCCGUCUCAGCCUACGCACUCUUCUUCAGGGACACUCAAGCCGCCAUCAAGGGUCAGAACCCCAAUGCCACCUUCGGAGACGUCUCUAAGAUCGUGGCCUCCAUGUGGGACAGUCUGGGAGAGGAACAGAAACAAGCAUACAAACGGAAAACAGAAGCAGCGAAGAAGGAGUACCUGAAGGCCCUGGCAGCGUACCGAGCCAGUCUGGUUUCUAAGAGCUACAGUGACCCGGUGGAGAGCAAAAGCGUCCAGUCUAGUCAGCCAUCGUCACACAUGAUGGGCCCCAACGCCUCCCUGUACAGUGUCCCGCCCCAGCCCUCCUCCCCGUACCUGGGCCCCAGCCCCUUUCCUCUCUCGGACCUCCAGAGCUACGCGGCGGGGGCUCCCAGACACGGCCUGCCCCGUUCGGCCAUGCUGCCCACGCUCAGUGCCUCUCCCCCAGCAUCCUUCCAGAUCAGCCCUCCCCUCCACCAGCAGCUCUCUCUGCACCAGGGCUCCCUCCUCAACCAGCCAAUCCGCAUGCAGCAGGUCCAGUCGCAGCCAAUCAUCUCUCACCAGAUGGGCCUCCAGGGUCCGCUGCACUCCCCACCCCCAGGACAGCAGGGAUUCUCUCACUUACAGUCAGAGUAUCAGAAGAGCGUGGGGGGGUCUCAGUCUCCAGGAGCUCCGAACCCUGUGGGCCAGAACCCCGACUGGGACAGCGAAUACUGCAACCGGGAAUGUGGCGGAAACCACUGCAGUGGCAGUAUGAUAGGCAGGGAUAAGCCACUCUACCUCACUUGAAGCAAAACAAGGAGAACGGAAAGAGAAAAGAUGAAACAACACCAGGGAGUCCCCGGCACCCUUCCCAGACAUCAUCAGUUUCCCUCAGUGUCAUUUUUCAUUCGUUUUUAGAAGGAUGUGUGUGUAUGCGUUCUGAAGACUACUAGUGAUCCUUUCAUUUUUAAAGAGCACUUAAAAAUGUACAGGCCUCUCCGUCGGAGACCUCAGAGAGCACUCACCCCACCUCUGAAUAAACUUAAAAGAAAAUGACAAAAAAAAUGUAUAUAACAAAAAACGAAAAUAAAAAAAAUAAAUAAAGCAAACUACCAUUAAACUGGCCCUCAGGGCAAAUGAGCUUUAACUAAAACAGAGGAAAACUCUCCUCAUAGUUUCUCAGUUUACUUUCCUCUUGGUCUCAUUUUUAUUUUAUUUUUUUGUUUUAGUUUUGUUGUUGUACUUUUAUUUAUUUUCUGCUUGCAACAUAGCGCUUCUUUUGGGCCGGUAACAGGUCUUUUACUUUAGAGAAAAUACUCUUCUGAGUGCGAUACGUUGCUGUUCAACUAAUACUCUGUGAAUUUUACGCAAAAAUAAAAAAUUAAAAAUAGACAAGAAAAUAUGGAAAAAGAAAAAUUGAUAAAUACAACUUCUUUUUGUAAUUUUAAAGACCCGUGUAGGUCUUUGUUGAUCUGUCACAGUGUGAUUGUAAAUAUCACUUUUUUGGGGGUCAAAUUGGGAAGAUGAAGUCCAGAUAUUUUUUCUUCUUUAAUAUGACAUAAUUCAUUGAUUUGUAUUUUAAAUGGUAUUUUGUGAAUGCGUGCCGGUAUGAAUGAGUGUGUGAGUGUAUCUGUGCGUUGUGUAACUGAACAGCCUGUGCAGGUGAUAUCAGAAGAGUGUUUCCACACGUACACAAUCUUGCAUUAAAAUCUGUGCUCACUGGUGUGAUUUCCCAUAAAAAGAUCUAUGGCAAAAACACUGAAAGACUGCAUGACCUGGCUCUCCAUUUAGGCUCCCUGAUUCAUCGGAGACUCAGUUUUCAUUCUGAAGCAAGCUCCUACACGACUUAAUAUGGAAACUGGUUUCCACCACUGAAAACAAAAUAAGAACGUAGUUAUGACUUUGUAUCUCACAAUUUUUUUUUCAGAAUUGCAUGAUGUAAACUCUUUUUUUAUUGUUUGUCCGAAUUGCUAGGCACAUAAAGUUGCAAUUGCUUGUUUUAAAGUCAGAACUGUAGGAUAUAAUGAUGCAAUUUGCGAAUUAUAAAGUCACAUUGGUGACAUAAACUCACAAUUGAACUGAACUUUAUAACUCAUGCAAGUUUAUAUCUCCCAAUUCUGAGAAGUCGGAAUCGUGAGGGGAAGAAAAGUCAUUUUUCUAUUUUAAAAUGUCAAAUUUUUCAUUUCUUUUUACUAAAUUGUGACUGAAGAAAUGAUAAUUUGGCACAAUUUAAAAUGUGGCACAAUUAAAAAUUUGCUUUCAUAUUCUGGGCUAUACUGCUUGUCUGUAAAUAGUAGCCAAUAAUCAUAUCAUUAAUAAAUCCUAAGCUUAAAAAAAAAGAAAAAUAGAAAAUUUAUUGAGUAGCUUAACAAAAAAGAAUGUUUGGUUUGAAAAUUGAACUGUGAAGCGUUACAUGGACCAUGUCAGAAUUUCAAGUUUAUAUCACGCAGUUCUUCGAAAGAUUGAGAGAUGUAUACUCAAAAUUAUCUUUUUUAUUUUUAUUCAGUGGCAGGAACAUGCUUCCAUAAGUCUGAGAACGCAAAUGUAUGGUAUUACGAAGAAUGUUCACAGCCAAACUCAUAAGGUGAUUUGAUCAGCUUUGUCGAUUUACUCUCAGGUUCUAAAUGCAACGAAUAGGAGCGUAGAUGUUCCAGUUUCAGGUCAAAGGCCAGAAACAUACUUUACACAAGUACACAGACGUGAACACUUGGCCCACACAUUGCAAGUGCAGUUUCCAAAUGUUUGUGCCAUUUAACCUUAUGAUUCAGCAAGAUUCUCUUGAGUUUAUGUUAAUGUGACAACCCAGAUGAUGCACCACAUUUCAUGUUUGUGUACUUGCAUAGAGUUUGUUUUAAGCCUGAAGCAGUAGUUCUAUUGAAAUCGGGUUGUUUCUUUUGCCUGGUCUUGACUGACGUUAAAUCCACCAAUAUAACAUGUAAAGGUGAACUAUAAUGUUCUCAAUGUGAGAUAAUACAGCACACAGUAAACCAACAGUGGGUCUAUAGUUUUCUAGUAGCUUUUGCUAGAUGUUCUAUUGUGUUGAUCUCAUCUUUAAGUUUUGUGGGGAAAAAAUUAAAAUCAUUUAGUCGAACGUUUUCUUUUAAUCUUUGUUUCUACUGUAGCAUACUAUUUUUAGUUAAACAAAAAGAAUAUCUUCUAAGACGUUUAAUUUGUGUACAAACCUGCCAAUUGUAGUUAUUUUAUUUGUAAAGUCAGCAAUGAUUAUUAUUUUAAAAUUGUUAUCAGCAAGUUGCCCAUUAGUUAAUAUUUAAUAAUGUUUAACAGGUUUCUAUUUAUGAACAAAAUGAGAUCAAUUUUGCUUAAAACUACAAUAUUUGAAAUCUAUUGUUUUUUUGUGUUUUUUGAUUAUGAUGAUGAUGACAUUGCUUUUAUUUUUUAUUUUAACAUUUUUGAAUGCUGUUAUUUUUUCUUUCCUUGCCAGCCAGGUCAUUUUGUGUCACUAUGCCUUUUUGUUUCAUUUUGUCAGUAAUAAAAACAUUAAAUGAGA